CGCCGUCGUUCCUUUCCUUCCUUCCCCCAGGAGCCCCGCCAACAAGCGCCGCCGAACUUUCGUCAAAUCAGCUCUAAACCGCCCAUCUCGUCGUCAUGGCCCGUACCAAGCAAACCGCCCGCAAGUCGACUGGAGGCAAGGCCCCCCGUAAGCAGCUCGCGACCAAGGCCGCGCGCAAGACUGCCGCCGCCGCCACCGGUGGUGUGAAGAAGCCCCAUCGCUUCCGGCCGGGUACGGUCGCUCUCCGUGAGAUUCGUCGCUACCAGAAGUCGACGGAGCUGCUCAUCCGCAAGCUGCCCUUCCAGCGCCUCGUGCGUGAGAUCGCGCAGGACUUCAAGACGGAUCUGCGCUUCCAGUCGUCGGCCGUCAUGGCGCUCCAGGAGGCCGCCGAGGCUUACCUCGUCUCCCUCUUCGAGGACACCAACUUGGCUGCCAUCCACGCUAAGCGCGUCACCAUCCAGCCCAAGGAUCUCGCCCUUGCGCGCCGCCUCCGUGGCGAGCGCACCUAAGCGCUCGACGUGUUUUUACUAAGCGGCUGUACACGUAUGGCUAGGGACCAUGUACGCUAUGUUCACGGUCGGUCGUCCACAAGUCCUUGACUCGUAUCUUUCUGCCUCUCAUGCGGUGUCUUGUAGUAUGUAUGCCUCGUACCCUAUGUGAAUCUAUAAACUGGUAAUAUGGACUGAA